GGUACCCGGGACCCGGCCAUGGGCCGCAGGAAGGUAGCGGGCCGGCCCGGAGCCGAAGGCGGCCGUGCUCGGCGUCCCGCGGGCCGCUCGCUGGAGGCCUUCGCGGAGGAGGUGGGCGCCGCGCUGCGCGCGGCCGUGGAGCCAGAGGCGACCGAGGACGAGGACGGCCCGGGGCGGCUGCCCUGCGCGCUGGCCAUGUGGGAGCUGGGCCACUGCGACCCCCGGCGCUGCACCGGCCGCAAGCUGGCCCGUCUGGGCCUGGUGCGCUGCCUGCGCCUGGGCCACAGGUUCGGCGGCCUCGUGCUCAGCCCCAUGGCCUCCCAGUAUGUGUCUCCCGCAGACAGACAGCUGGUGGCGCAGUCCGGAGUCGCUGUCAUCGACUGCUCCUGGGCUAGACUAGACGAGACACCAUUUGGGAAGAUGCGGGGGAGCCACUUGCGGCUGCUGCCCCACCUGGUGGCCGCCAACCCUGUGAACUAUGGCCGGCCCUGCAAGCUGUCGUGUGUGGAGGCCUUUGCCGCCACCUUCUGCAUCCUGGGCUUCUCAGACCUUGCUGUCAUCUUGCUGCGGAAGUUCAAGUGGGGCAAGGGCUUCCUAGACCUGAACCGCCAGCUCCUGGACAAGUACGCAGCCUGCAGCGGCCCCGAGGAGGUGCUGCAGGCAGAGCAGGAGUUCCUGGUCCACGCCAGGGAGCACCCCGAGGAGGAGGAGGAAAUGGAUCCCUUUGACGUGGAUUCCGGGCGAGAGUUUGCCAACCCCAACAGGCCCAUGGCUGGCACCCGGCUGCCCACAGACAGUGGUGACAGUGACAGUGAGGACGAGUCUGAGGAGCACAGGCCUGAUCCUGAGGACGGGGGAGGCAGCAGCUGCUCCGAGGAGGAGACUGCAGAACAGGGGGCUGAGGCCCGGGUCGCCACAGACGUUUGGAAAGGAAUCAAGAAACGGCAGAGAGACUAAAGGUUGCAGACACAUAUAUUUCUUGAGGCGGAGUGAUGAGGAAACCUAGAAGGCAGCGGAGCUUGUGGGAACACAGGCGGGCCUGGUGGACUCAGCCCCUCGCAGCUGCCAGCAGGACUGGACCCCAUCCAGGUUCUUUCCAGCUCUUCUAACAGCGGCUGGCUCUGGGCCCGCCCUUGGAGCCCUCCCAGUGAAGCUUCAGGCCAAGGAG